AUGAAGGGCCUCGUGCUGUCUACCAUCCUCGCUCUGGCGCCUCUUACCCUCGCCGCCUGGCCAGAGGCCGAGGGCAAGGGCAUCAAGUACACCUCCGUUCCCGGCUACUUCUUGCAGGACGACAACAGCACUGAUCCGACCGGCUUCGACUAUGCGACGGUCAACUUUGGUCUCAUCAACCGGACGUACCCGACCGACAAGCACUUCGACCCCAAAGGCGUCAAGACACAAUGGCAGCGUUUCGACCACUGGGUCCAGUACCUGAACUCUGGCUGUCGCAAGAGCGACAGCGUCCAGUACAAGUUGCUGUUCAUGGGCCGCCACGGUGAGGGCUGGCACAACGCCGCCGAGUCAUUCUACGGCACCCCUGCCUGGAACUGCUACUGGGCCGAACAAGACGGCAACGCCACCGCCCGCUGGGCCGACGCACUCCUGACCCCGGCCGGCGCGAGCGAAGCCUACAAGGCCAACGCCUACUUCAAGGACCGGUACGCGACCCAGAAGAUGCCCCACUUCGAGUCAUACUACACCAGCCCCUUGAUGCGUUGCGGCGUCACCGCCAACAUCACCUUUGGCGACAUUGACCUCCCCGCCGAGCACCCCUUCGUCCCGCUGGUCAAGGAGGGCUUCCGCGAGGGCAUGACGGUGCACACGUGCAACUGGCGCUCCAACAAGACGCACAUUGCAUCCACCUUUCCCUUUUUCGAGUUCGAGCCGGGCUUCACAGAAUACGACCAGCUCUGGCGCCGCAACGAGAGCGAGACGAGCGACGCCCAGGAAGCGCGGUCCAAGGAUGUCCUCGACGACAUCUUCCGCGCCGACGAAAAGACGUGGCUCAGCGUUACGAGCCACUCGGGGGAGAUCAGCAAGCUUCUCAAGGCGCUGAACCACCGCGCCUUCCGGCUGUCGACGGGCCAGAUCAUACCCGUCUUUGUAAAGGCCGAGGUCGUGGAGCCGCAGCCGGAGCCGCCGUUUGCGGCCCACGAGCCGUAUUCGACGUGUCCGAGUCCGCCGGUUACGAGCAUUGCCGGCCAGGGGUGCGUUUGCGCGACGACGGCUUCGUCGUCGCUUCUUCCGGUGGCCACGCUCAUGGCUGCGUGA